AUAUAAUUAUUUGAUCAGAGCCUGAUAGAGGAAACAUUAGGGAUAUGUUCACUGGACAGUUUAAAAGAAAUUCUUUACUACUGCUCUUCACCGUCUUCGCCGCCAAUCUCGUAUAUUACGGGAACAUCUUCAGUCUUCCUUACCUCUUUAAGGACGAGUACUGCGCAGUUAUGAACUCCACAAACCUGAAUGUGACCUUUGUUGACAUCGACUGCACUUUCAGUAAAUCCGAACUCAUGGCAACCCUUGAGGUGUCAGCAGCUGAAUUCCUCUCUAUCCCUAUAUUCGCUCUGCUGGUUGAGAAGCUGGGCAGAAUCAAGACCGGCAUGAUACUAGGAGUAGCUACUGCGAUCUCCACUGCUGCUUGUGUCCCGUGUCUGGGUCUCAUACUUUUCAAAUCAGAGCUGUUUUUACAACGUAUGGUGGUGAACGCCUGGCUCCUCCUUAUCUUCAUCUACUCUCCUGAGCUCUACCCAACUUAUAUCCGCAGUGCUGCGUUUGGGAUGAUAAUGGUGUUCUGUAACCUUGGAGGAGCGUUUGCCUCCCUCAUUGUAUACGAUGUGGGUCUGGACUACAGUUUCAGAGCCAUGUUUCUCUUUCUUUCUCCCUUCGCUCUGUCAGGGGCCAUCCUCACUUUCUAUUUUAAGGAAGAGACGAAAGGAAAGUUGCUAGUUGACAACAAGACACAAGAGGACACUGAGCUGAAGACAAUAACAGAUCAAGAGAAGAAGCAGUCCUCAGCAUCUUCAGCAACAGAUGAGGAGAAGUGUAGUGAUAGGAAACAGAUGUCCCCCUACUAA